CUGUUGGUUUAUCCACAGAUAUUAAAGCACGGCGCUUAAUAGUUCUUCAAAAUAUCUCUCUCCUCAUAAAUUCUCGUGUAUUCUCUCUCUACUGGCUACUGUGUGAUUUUCAGUGAAAACAAGCCCACGAGCUCCGUAUGCUUUCCGUCUUUGCAUGCUCUAAAGAUUCCGUUUCCAAAGUUUUCUAUCCUUUUUAUCUCAGGAUUGCAGUAUUUACAGAAGAUACAUUAAAAAAAAUUCACAGAAGAUCUCCUAGCUUCCUAUUUUGCAUGCUUCUGAGAGCCCAAUGUCUUGGAGGCUGAGUUGUGGAUAUCUAAGACUCUAAGGCAGCAUUUUGAGGCUCUGAUUUAGAGGUAUCAGCACCGAAAGGAGAGAUUUACGGCUGCAAGAGUUUGAUAAAAAGAACAAAAGUCCAAGCGGUUCGGGAAGGGACUCGGAUAACACGAGGAAAGUUUUCGGCGUGUUUUUUCAUUCGUACGAACAAAUAAUGCUGAAUGGAGGUGUUGUAUUUUCAGUUGUUUCAGUGGGUUUUCUGAAUGCGCGACGAUAUGUAUCUUGAGUCCAAUUUUUUUGAGAUCUGGCGGCGAUAUUUUGAUCCUCCUGACUCCCGCGAUUGAUUUGCUCACAAAAUUCGUUUGUUUUUGCUUAAGUUCGUUAUAAAAAAAACUUUUUGAGCGAGAAAAUGAGUGAGUGCGGGGAGACUGCGCGUACGCGAGUGGGUAAGUAUGAAUUCGGUAGAGUCAUUGGACAAGGCUCUUUUGCAAAGGUUCGGCUCGCAAGGAACACACAAACGGGUGAACAUUUCGCCAUAAAAGUGCUCAACAAGGAGAGAAUAUUGAAGGAUAAGAUGGUUGAACAGAUUAAGAGAGAGAUUUGCACAAUGAGGCUGGUUAGACAUCCUAACAUUGUUCAGCUUGGUGAGGUUAUGGCUAGCAAGACAAAAAUUUAUUUUGUUCUUGAGUAUGUCACCGGUGGAGAGCUUUUUAAUAAAAUUGCUCAACAACGGAAGCUCAAAGAGGAUGAUGCUAGAAAAUAUUUUCAGCAGCUUAUAAAUGCAGUUGAUUAUUGUCACAGCAGAGGAGUUUAUCAUCGAGAUCUCAAGCCAGAGAACCUGCUUUUGGAUUCAAAGGGAAAUCUGAAGAUCUCGGAUUUUGGUCUGAGUGCUCUCUCACAACAAGUGAAGGAAGAUGGACUGCUGCAUACUACAUGUGGAACCCCCAACUAUGUUGCUCCUGAGGUUAUUAUAGACAAGGGAUAUGAUGGUGCCAAGGCUGAUCUGUGGUCAUGUGGAGUCAUACUUUUUGUUCUCAUGGCAGGCUAUUUACCAUUUGAUGAACCUAACAUUAUGGCCCUUUAUAAGAAGAUAUACAAAGCAGACUUCACUUGUCCAAAUUGGUUUUCUCCAGGGGCCCGGAAACUAAUUCUGAGCAUACUCGAGCCAAAUCCUAACAAUCGCAUUACAAUACCUGAGAUACUAGAAAAUUCUUGGUUCAAGAAAGGAUAUGUUCCAGUUAAAUUUCAAGAGGAAAAAGAUACCAACCUUGAUGACAUUGAUGCAGUAUUUUGUGAUUCUGUUGAUCAUCUUGUAGCAGGAAAGAAAGAACUAAAGGGGACAAAGCCUUCCCUUAUGAAUGCAUUUGACCUCAUUUCCUUGUCAAAAGGGCUCAAUCUAUCUGGUCUCUUUGAAAGAAAACAGAGUGUUAAACAGGAGGUACAUUUCACAUCCAAGUAUCCAGCUACUGAGAUCAUCACAAAAAUGGAAGAGAGUGCAAAGCCUCUUGGUUUCAAUGUUAAAAGAAGAGAUUACAAGAUGAGGCUACAGGGAUCUGAAACAGGUCGUAAGGGGCAUCUUUCAAUAGCUACAGAGGUUUUCGAAGUUUCUCCCUCUCUCUUUGUUGUGGAAAUGAAAAAGGCCGGCGGUGAUACACUAGAAUACAACAAGUUCUAUAAGAAUUUUUCUACUGCGCUGAAGGACAUUGUAUGGACAUCUGAGGUAGACCAACCCGAGGGAUAACUAAAUGCUGCAGAGGUUGGGGGAACUCUUUGAAAUUCAAUUUGAUUGGAAAGGACUUAAUUGAAAUCUAUCUAGACAGACCUUUGCCUAUGCUAUAGCAUACUUGAGGCUGUAAUGCCUUCUAUAAUAAAGAACUAAGCAAACUUAUGUUUGGUGGUGUUUGAAAUAGCAUUGUGCUUACUUUGUACAGAUAUUAGUGUAUUGAUUGUUAACCAUAUGAUAAUGACACAAUCAAUUUCAUUAGCGUUGGAAUUUGUAAAAUGAUUGUGAACCAGUCGCUAAAGUUGGCAUCUGAAAAUUUGAAUGUUUUAUGGCUUGUUUGAGAGUUGGGCUCUGGUGCUAUUAAAUCAGAGCUCUCUUCUACUUCAAUUCAAAUCAUAAUGCAAAAAUCACAGAUUAGAACA